UCAGAACUAAGUAUAUUCUAUUUCAGUCUGCGCAGUUUUGUCAAGUUGUGAAGCACAGUGAGAUUUGCGUCGACAGUACAAAAUGCCAAGAAGAAAAUAUUCGAAAAAGGCACGUCAGGUGCAGUCAAAAACCGAGCGUAUAAUGGCUGAAAGCAAGGAAAAUCGCGAAGAGUUUCUUACAUGCCCGAUAUGUGUGGAAACAUUCCGGAAACCAGUAACGUUACCUUGUCAGCACAGUUUCUGUAGGGAGUGUAUUGCUGUGUAUGCUGACAGGUCUAAACCUGGACAGACAGAUGAGGUCACCUGCAGCACGGGGAGUGAGGGUGUUCACCAGCUGAUCUCAUGCCCUGUAUGUCGGACACCAACCAGUCUGGGGAGAGAAGGUGUGGCUGAUCUGCCUCCCAACUUUCAUCUGGCAGAAAUACUGGAGAGGUUCUCUUCUGCUGUUAAGGUUGAGGAUGACAUCCCGUGUUGUUCUCUGUGUGGGGAGGAUAAUCAGACUAAAGCUGUGAAGUUUUGUACUAACUGUUCUUUACUGUAUUGUAAAGACUGUCUGGCUUCUUUUCAUCCCAUGAUGGGUGCUAUGAAGCGUCACCAGCUGGUUUCGUCGCUGGAGUAUCUCGCCCAGGAAACCACACAGCGACAGGUCAGCGGGGAUAAUGAAUCAACUCAGCAGCCGUCAUGCCCCAGACACGGUCGGUCAUUCGACUUGUACUGUGAACCGUGCCGAAUGGUGAUUUGUACGGGUUGUGUGGUUGAACAUGGGGGACACGCUAUGCGAGAUGUACCAUCUGCAGCUGAGAAAGACAAGCCAGCUGUUUUGAGCAGGAAUAGUGAACUGGAGAAGGUCUUACAAGAAACCAAAGAAUCACUGUCAGGAGUUAGGAGGCUGCAGAAUAAGAUACAGGAAAACCAGGAACUUCACACUCAGGAGGUAGAAAAGGCUUAUUGUGCAGCCUUGGAAGCUUUACAAGCCUGGAGGCAGCACUCCUUAGAUGGUAUAAAAACCCGCUAUUCACAGUGGUGUGUGGAGUGUAGCGCCCUUCUAAAAAAUGUCCAAAUACAGGCUCAGGAAAUCGAUAGGAUGGUACAGGCUUCCAAAAAGUUGUUAGCGUCAGUGGACGUCGAGUUUUUAAUGGGUUCCACGGACUUCACCAAAACAAUUGAUGACCAGCUGGAUGAGAUAAGAGCAGAUCUGGAGAAACAUGAGUUCAGCAGACAGAAGCUUCUAGAUUCUGUACAACAUGACCAAGUUGUUCCUAGACAGGUGACUGUGAAAGAAACAGCACAAGAACGUCAGGACUUAGAAGCAGCAGUCGGUGGGCAAAUGUCACCCCUACGUGUUACAAAGCCGACGCUGAGAUUCACAGAGACAGACGACAGGAAGCUGAGAAUCACUGACAGCGGCUGUGUGGUAGAGGGUAAGGGAUUGUCCAGGGUGUGGAGGUGGAGGAGAGCUGUGACAGACGGGCGUUACGAGACGGGCAUGUACUACUGGGAGAUACACAUCACCUGUUCACAUGACUGUAACUGUCGUGUAGGAGUGACACAGGAGAGCUGUGGUGUGAGGGGAAGGACAGACUCUGGCCGUAACUCCUGGUACACUGGGAUGGUGUACUGUGGUGAUGAGGUCAGGUGUUAUAGUCACAGUGGUGGUGGUGAGAUCAAACCUGGCUAUCUACAGUGGAGACGUUACACACGACCUCAUCACCUGGGUGUGUACCUGGACUGUGAUGACCAGUCACUGACAGUCCUGGACUGUGACAACAACCAGUCCAAUAGCGAUAUUACGAUUGACAGUCUUCACAUCCGGUCUGACAUCAGGCAUCGGUUUUCAGAGACGCGCGUGACCAGCCGGAUAUCAAACACAGCGGACAUUGCGCAGGACGCCACCUUUGACGUCCGGUUGCCGGAUGAUGCCUUCAUUUCUGGGCACUCCAUGCUCAUAGGGGGCGUUGUAUAUCCGGGUACUGUCAAGGAAAAAUCAAGAGCCAAUAAGCAGUUCAACGAUGCGGUGAGACGGGGAGAGUCGGCGGGCAAGGUGGCCGCUACAAGCGCUCGAGAAACUAACGAGUUCGUCAUUACCGUGAAUGUGGCGUCUCAAAGUCACGUGACAUUCAACCUGACGUACCAGGAGCUGCUCCAGCGUCGGCUGGGACUGUACGAGCACGUGAUCCACAUCAUUCCCGGACAAGUCGUGCCGGAUCUCCGGGUCCAAGUGUUCAUCAACGAGACAAGGGAGAUAACACAACUGAGCGUACCGGAAGUGAGGGACGACAAAUUAUCAUCACAAGUGGUUUCUGACACUAACCGCUUUGCCCGGAUACAGAGCCUGUCCCCGAGCUCUGCAGAGGUCACGUUCUCCCCGACCCGAGCGCAGCAGCAGGAAUACUCUGACCGUGGGGUCGCCGGUCAGUUUAUCGUCAACUAUGAUGUGGAGCGUACACCAGAUUUCGAGGGAGAAAUUCUGGUGUCUAACGGGUAUUUCGUUCACUUCUUCGCCCCCGAGGAUCUACCGCCAAUGGGGAAGCGUAUUGUUUUUGUGCUGGACACAAGUGGCUCUAUGCGUGGACGGAAAAACCUUCAGCUCCGCGAAGCUCUACUCUUUAUUCUCGGAGAGCUCCGGCCUGUCGACGAAUUCAGCAUCCUGCUCUUCAGCAGCCAAGUCCAAUACUGGGGAUCUGGACAGCUGAUUUUAGCAACACCCGAGAACGUUGCCAAGGCCAAAGAAUUUGCCAACAAUAUAGGAGCAAGUGGAGGGACAAACAUCAACGCUGCCCUCCUGUCGGGGAUGCGCAAGCUCUCUAGUCACCCAACAAAACCUUCCAUGCUGCUGUUCCUGACUGACGGUCAAGCCACUGUUGGAGAGACGAAGUCAGAAAACAUUCUAGAGAACGUAAGUGGGGCUCGUCAAGACAGGCAAUCAAUUUACUCCUUGGCCUUCGGGAAUGCAGCGGAUUUUGGACUCCUACGAAAACUCUCCGCCCAAAACCAAGGUUUCGCUAGGAAGAUCUUUGAGGAUGCCGACGCAGCUCUACAACUGGCAGGUUUCUACAACGAGAUAUCCAGUCCAUUGUUGUCGGAGGUUGCCAUCAACUACAUCAGCGGUUUUGUGAACGACACUAGCUUGACGCGGACGUCGUUCAACACCUACUUCAGGGGCUCCGAGAUCGUCGUAGCGGGAAGGUACAAUGCCAAGGGAAAGGCACCUGGAGAGCUUAGCGUCUUUGUGGAAGGCAGCAAGGCGUCCAGUUAUUUGUUUAGUAGACGUCGGUAUUGCUUUGACCCCUGGUAUUGCCACCGACACCCUCACCGUCAUUACUGGUGUCGCCCACGCCCGUGGCCCUGCCCGCCGCCGCCACCCCCUCCGCCGCCGCCGCCCACUCCAGCGCCCCCACGCCCCACCGGCUUCAUUGAACGCCUUUGGGUGUACCUAACGAUUCGCCAGCUUGUGGAGACUGUCCUGGAGACAGAUGACUCCAGUGCCCCUGCCUCUGUGAAGGCUAAAUCUGAGGCGCUCAGGUUGUCCCUCAAGUAUCAAUUCGUAACACCGUACACGUCAAUGGUUGCAACCAAGCCGAAGAAUACUGAAACCAGAUCAUCAUUCGGCCCAUCCAAUUCUAAAGUGUUAAGCAGAUCUAAACCAGCAGGACCCACAGCACAGUUCCUGCCAGAUGCCAAAGUCGCCCCAGCACCGCCAGUUCCUACGAGAGAAACUCUGCCGUUCACUCAGUCCCAGCCAGACAUCCCGUCAGGACUUACCCUGAAAAUAAACGCCUCUAGUCCAGGUGCCUCUAGGUUCAACCUGUGCUUAGACAUCGUCACUGUAAACUCAACGAACCAGACCGAGCUUCUGCUUCUCAACGACACUCGGGCUGGCUAUCUAACAGAGACCUCCUACUUUUCAACGUCACUCACAUUGGUAAUUUUGCCUCUCUCUGUGGGCGGUCUUACAGACAACUACUACUUUUCAAUGACACUGGCACUGAGAGAGCUCUCCGCUUGCCAGCCAUUCUGGUAA